AUGGCUUCGUUGCGCCGCGUGGCGCCGCUCGCCUGCGGCGCGGUGGUCGCCGUCGCGUUCGUAUCGGCAGGCUUUUUUGCAUGUGCGACGGGUUCAUCUUCGGCCUCUUCGCCUCCAACCCCGCCUGGCUCCCCCACACUCUCUGAGUCGCCGACUCCCGACUUCCCGAGUGGAGGUGCUGCCUCGUCUGCCGCCUCGUUUGAGCCGCUUUUCCGCCUCGUGGCGCUCACGCCGUUCUCGUCGGUCGCCUUUCCCCAGGAGGGUCCUUUGCCCGUUCUGCGCGGCAGGCAGCCCAUCGUGGCCGUCUUCUCAGUUCCAGUCGUUCCUCUAGGCGGCGCCCUGUUUCAGGAGGAGCCCUCCUCGCCGUCGCCGUCGAGUCACAGCAGCCGCAAGCCCCCCGAGGGAUUCGUCGUCUCGACAAACAGCCAUACAGAAACCGUCAGAGGGCGCGGCUACUGGGUGACGCCGAGUGCCUUUCGCUUCGACCCAGACGAGACCUGGCCUGCCGACCUCGCCGUGUCCGUACGCCUGAACGCCUUGCUCCGGUCUGCGAGUGGGCAGCCCCUGGCGCCGCUUCGCGUGGCAGAAAAUGACGCGGAGGGCGAGACAGGCCGUGGAGCCGAAAGGGCGUCCGCGGGCGCCGUGGGGAGCUCGGAGUCGCUGGGUCACGAAGGCCUCGCGGCGGCGGCGCAUGAGUCGUGGGUUUUUCGCAUGCGCACCGAGUCUCUGAGUAUCCGCCUCACCGCCGUCUCCUCGGCCCUCGCCGCCCGCAUUACCGGCGGCCAGUGGCAGCCGCUCCUCUCCAACAGUCAAGACCCCACCGCGUCGCUCUUUGAGGUCCCUGAGGACGGCAAAGUAAAGAUCCAGACGAGCUCGCCGAUCUCCGUGAGCAAGCUGCGAGACAGCCCCUUGGUCGAACGCUUCCUCGCCGUCGGCAAGGAGCAGCGGGGGACGUUCGCCUUCGUUCCCUUCCACGUUCACACCUGCGCAGACGACGCAGCAGACGACGCAGACGAUGCAGCGGACGACGCCGACGACCGCGAGGCGGAGGAGAAGGAACGGAGCUGGCGAGCCGCACACAACGAGGUUACUUGCUUGGAACUCACGUUUCCAGAGCAGCCGCUUCGCACGCGAAACGUGUACGAGGUCUUUGCAAAGAAGGGCGCCAUCUAUUCACCGCACAGCGGCCCUCUAGGCUACCUGGAGGACUCGUCGUCGUCUGCGCCUUCUGCACACUCGCUGGCGGUGUUGGCUUCCGCGGCGCUGGCGCAGUCGCCCGCUUUCAUCAGCGAGGUGGAGUACGUCCCCGUGUCUUCGCCUUCGCGGGUGAGGAAGGGGCGAGGGCUUCUCACGGGUCCUCGCCCUUUCCACCUGUAUCCGCUAAGUCGGCGCUCGGAGAAAACCAGCUUCCGCCGCCUUGAAGUCUUCCUCCCGCACAGCUUGGGCUUCAGCGGGGAGCAGGGCCGCACGGACGCACAGGCGCAGAAACAGGCGCGUGCGUCCGCUGCGGAGCCAGAGGCGGCAGCUGCGGAGAGGCCGGACCUCGACGUGUUGGCUGCCCAGCUGGCGCGGCGCAUGACGCUGAUUCACGUCAAGUCUGGCAAGGCGCUCUCGGUCGCGCACACGCUGAAGAACAGAGUCCACCUGGUGCUGACCUGCGGCGAACUGGAGCCGGAGCAGCAGUACAAGCUGGUAAUUGUGGGCAACGAGGUGCCGGGAAGCGAAGCCUGGGGUCCGCUAUUCGACGGUUUCGGGCUCCCGCUCGAGAGCAGCGAAAUCGAGUUCUCCAUGUCGCGACUGAGGCACAACUUCGAGCUGAUAUGGAGCCAAAGCACCGUGUGGAUUCUGAACGACCGCGACCUCGCCGACAGCGAGGCGCGAGCGGCGGAAGCAGGGCCUGCUCGUGCCCCUGGCCAGGAGGACAGCGAAGCGGAGUGCAAUCGCGGUGUGCCCCUCGCGGUCGUGACCGCUAUGCGAGAGCCGAGAAACACCUCGUGGGGAGAUGCAGAGGCCGCCAAUCUCGAAGUGCACCCCCUGGGCGACUGCAUACGUAGGGUCGACGCGAGCUGCAUGGGCCGCAUUCGCCCGCAGUUCGCCCACGUUGGAGGCACCCUCCGCCGCACCUUGAACCACGAGGCGUUCCACUUCAGCAGUGAAGAGGGCCUGACUUUUCCUGGCGCCGCGCCCUGGGCUGGUGCUUGUGUCGCGUCGAGUUCUUCGGCGUCGUCGCUCAUCGUGCCUUUUCUCUCUCGUCUGUCCACGAACUCGCCGUACCUCUUGACGGUGCAGAGGAAGCAUCACCGCUCCACGGGCACCGCGAAGGAGAAGGAGCUGGUUGGCGCUCUUUCGCUUUCCGUCUUCCACUCUGUGCACAUUCAGCGCGAGACGAAUCACCUGGUGGUGAACUUCCAAGUCCUCUCGCUCAAGACAGCCCGGCCGGUUGCAGGCGCGACGAUUCAGGUCUACGCCUCGCCGCAGGACGCGAAUCGCGCCCCGGCUCUGCUCCCCUGCGUCGAGGGCGAUAAGCUGGACGGCGCCGAUGAGAAGCGACUCCUCUGGAUGGCGACAGCAGAGGCACACGAAGGCGCGAAGCGUGAUGGAGUCUGCCAGGGUGUCAAAACAGACGCCAGUGGCUUUGCGACGUGGACCGCAACCGCCGGCACGAUCGGCGACGACGUUGGCGACCUGUUCGCCACAGUCCUGGCGCCGGUCGAUAAAGGGCCUGCUGGCCCCGGGCAGGCACCGGGAGAGGCGAAGGAGCCGCUGACGUAUAUCACUGAGCGGUUGACCGUGCCGUGGGACUUGUCUCGUCAAGCCCGGCGGAGAUAUGGGAGCCAGCACGGGAUUUCUGACGACAGCGUCAUCGCAGGGCAUGACCACAGGUACACCGUCGCGCUGUCGGAUAUCCAUUUCUUCGUCCUUGCUGACCGCAGUUCGUUUCGGCCGGGCGACACAGUGUCUGUGCAGGGGCUCUUGUCAGUCGUCGACCGGUCUGUGUGCGGCUUCGAGGGGUCCUGUCUGCUCCACCAAGCCUUGCGCGUGAGACCCGAGAGGCUGAAACUGCUUCUUGGCGCGCAGUGGAUGACGCAGGCGUACGCCACAGGCGAGCACGGAGGGGGGCGUUUCUUGCCGUCGCCGCGAGGCAUUCACGAAGGAGGCUACGACGGAAACCAGCAGCGCCGGUGCAGUGUGCGCAUUGUGUCUCUCAACCACUUUGGAGCGUUCGAGACUUCGCUCGAGGUUCCGCUGGACGCCGAGCUGGGCAGCACGAGCUUCUUCGAGUACCGCCUCUUCAAAGGCGGAGACGUAGACGAAAAAGCGAUCCUCGAGGCGAAUCUGUGUCCGGAGGCGUGGUACCGCAUCGAGGGCGGACGCAAGCUCCGCUCAGUCUACCCGGCCGGCGCAAUUCACCUCCAGGUCGAGAACCCGCGGCCCCCUUCUGUCAUUGUCGCGCCGCUGCAGCUUCCUCCCGUUGCGGCGCCCGCGGAGUCGUUCGCUGUGUCCGGCUCUCUGACGACGUACGGCGGCCUGCCAGUUCAGGACCACCGCGUCGAGAUCCGCCUGCGCUUCAGCCUCAGCUUGGGGCAGCUGUCGCUGCAAAGCGGGCGCGCGACAGAGCCUUGGGCGCCUGCCGGCGCCUGCAAGUUCGUCAUCCGGACGGAGCAGCGCGACCUCAAGGUGGUGACGAAGGGCGCGCUGGCAGACGGCGAUGACGUGGAACUGCAAGCCUACAUCCGAACGGACGAGACGGGGCAUUUUUCUCUUCGCGUGGAUCUUGGGCAGCUGACGGUGUCGCCGCCUGCGUCGCGCCUCGAGCCGUCGAGCGCGCACCCUGCGUCCCCGCUCCUGUGGGAAGAGGGCACCGAGAUUUCGGUCACAGUGCGCGUCACAGGGCUGACGGGCGAGGUGCUGCCGCCGCAGACCGCCACACUUGUCGUCGCGUCGUCUGAGCUCGCGCUGGAGCGCAAGCUGGCCUUGUCCGUCACGCCCGUCUUGCCCGGCGUCCCCUUCUCGGUGACGGCAGACACAAAGCCGUAUCCGAGAGUGGACAAGGAUGCGUCUCUGCCGGUGGGGAGCACCAUCGCUGUGACGGUGCUGCGCGUGGACCCGAGCCGCCCAGUCGGCUACUCGUGGGAGGCGCAGGCGAGUCACUGGGAGUCUUGGAAUCCCGACGCAGGCCUCGCCCCAUGCCGGCCCUCGCUCUUUUCGACCGCGUCUGCUGGCCGCGACGAGGGCGACAGCGUCGACGCGCCGCGCUUGUUUGAAGGCAGCGCGGGCGAGCGCAUGCAGGCAGAAGACAAGGAGGUUGCGAAGGCGUUCCUGGACGGCAGCGUCGACCUCAAAGCCUUCGUCAAAGAGCGUGGAGGGCGGUUUUCGUUCCUGAAGACUUGCCGCGGCGUGGGCGGUCAGCUGCAGUGCCCUGUCACCAUCCCUCUGGAUGCCGCGCAGUACAUCUUCGUGACGACUCUCCAGCUGCCCAGUGGCAAGAGUGUGCGGAACUGCGAAUAUUUCCUUCCGACGGCUGGCAACCUCUUGGCUCGCGCCCUCGAGCCGAAACUGCGUCUGGACAAGCCCGAGGUCGCCCACGGGGAGGUCGCGCAUCUGGUGCUGCCAGCGGUCUUCCGCGAGGGGUCGGCGAUCCGGCCGACUGUCGCCGGCGACGCUGCGGCAGCCACGGCAGGCCGCGAAGAGGGAUCUUCGAGCGCGACCGCGGCUUUGCACGGCUCCCUGUCGAUUUGGUGGCAGACGGCCUCGAACGAAAGGUCUUUCUUUUCCGUUCCCCUGGAUGCAGCCACAGACGAAAUCGUCGUGCCGAUAGGUCGGGUUCCAAACGACUGUCCGCCUUCCUGCUCGAUGCGCGUCAUUUUCGUCCCGCCGCUCUCACAAACCGCACUGCCUGUCACUCAGGUUGACACAUCCACGAACUUACUCUUCCCCGCCGAGACCCGGUACCCGAUAGAGCGGCAAGCAGCAGCCAAGUACGGCCCCUUCUUCGUAGAUGAAACGCUGACGGUGGCUGUGCGACACGCGGCUUCCGCCUUCAGCAUUCCUGAGGACGCAUUCUGUGUGGACGUCGCGCCAAAGAAGGAGAAAGCUGCCAAGAAGCCGAAGCGAGGAUCGCCCGCCGCAGGCCUUGGGGGGGGCGACCCCAAGUUGCUGCCGGGGGAGGAAGCACUCGUGACCGUCACACUGUCGAAAGAGGUCUUGGAGGAAACGGUCGCCAAAUCGCCUCUCUUCUCGUCAGACUCUGGGCGUGGCAAGAUGCACAAGCAUUUCCGCGCCUUUGCGCUCGUUGCUGUCAUCGAUAAACGCUACUUUGACUUAGGGCCUGUCAGCUUCCCUGAGGUCGAGGCCGAACUCCAAAGAGCGGUGGAGAGCCAAUCAGAUCGCCACGGGGUCGCAUCGUCACUUUCAGCGGCGACCUCGCUCUCGACUUACCUCUAUCUCUUCCGCUUCAUCCACGCCGCGAAGCUGAAUGACCCGUGGAUCACCGACUUCCACUGGCCGUCGGCGGGCAUCGUGCGAGGCGUCAGAGAGCUGACUGCCCCCUGGGCAGCGUGGACGAAGACAGUGGAGAGAUUUCUCCUCGGGCGCAGGUCGGCUAUUACAGGCACCUUCUCGCGCCUCGCUGGUGGGGGGUCGGUGACAGAUGGCGUGUUUCUGGCUAUGGAGUCUGCGGCGAGUGCACAGCCUGUUGCGAUGGCCUUGACUGCAGCCCCACGAAUGGCAAAGCACGUGGCGGGGACGCGGCAAGAAAUAGCCGCGGACUCGGGGGCAGUAGGCAUGGCUGCAGAGAGCUCUUCGGCGGUGACCUCUGCCAAGCUGCUGAGUUCAGACACCCCUGUCCUCUUGUGGCAAGGCGUUGAGCUGCACGAAGGCGGCGCCGGGGAGGCGGCGUUGACGGGGUCGUUCUCCUUCUCCGUGCCGAACGAUUCGAACCAGUACCUUGUGAGGAGUCAGCUCGUGGUGACCAUGGCGGAAAGGGAGCCGUUUUCGAUUCCCGCCUUCUUUGGGCGGCUGUGGCGCCGGUCGCCCGAGUCGAAGCCGAGUCGUGUGCUGUACGCCAAAUUCGAGAAAGAGGUCGUGGCGAAGAAGCUGCUCAAGUUGGCUCCCUUCCGACCCUCGCUGCUUCGCAAAGGGGACAUUGCGCAGGUCGGCGCGAUCCUCCACGUCGACGAGAGCCUCGUGCAGGAGGGCAGCGAGGUCGUCGUCUACCUCUGGUUGCCGCACAGAGGCGAAACCGCGGAGACCGGCCACAAACGUCGAGUCAAACUCGACAAGACGGCUGUGCCUGUCACGCGGGCCAUCCACGCGGACGACAGCUCCCUAGUCAGUGGCAGCCGCGCGCUGGAGGUCAAGUGCUUCGCCCACCUUGCGGCGAACGCCUCCGUCGCUCACGGCGUCGCCUUUUCGAUCCCUGUCACGCCCAUUGCGCCGCGCCUGUCGCUCUCCAGCAUUUGGCCGAUUCUCGCGUCCCACGCUCCCCGGGACGCCGCAGAGAAGCGUCUGUCCCUCGCGGCCGCGGAUGACGCAGAGGCGUGGGCAUCGGUUGUCGAAGGCGUUGAGUUGCCGCUCCCAGUGAUUGCAGGCGUCGGCGGCCUCUCCGCCUCCGUUGGUCUCGGCUACGGGCCAGUUCUGCUUGCGAAGAUCCAGCGCUUCCUCUACGCGGAAGUCUGCCGCUUCGUCCCUGCAGAGGAAGCGUACCAGGAUCUUCUCAAGUCGCACGGAGAGACCGUCGCGGCUGGGAGACGGGGCGCCAGGGACACCGUCUUCUGCACGUGCUGCCGGGAGGCACUGCCCUCUGCGGCCUUCUCACCCUUCGUCGAGCGCGGAGGCCCGAGCUUGUCGUCCCUCGUCCUCGCAGUCUUGGCGCGGCAGACUGUGGCCGUUCUGGGGCUCCAGGUGCCGGGCGAGCUCGCUGCAUGCGCGGCGUUUGCGGAGAAGAGAGUCGAGGAUUACGUGCCACAGGACGCGGAGCUUUUCAAGCGUCUCGGCUUCCUCCCGUGGCCCGCGAAGGAGUACCGCGGAACACUCACACAUCAGUUGGACCCCGAUGUGGAUCUCAAUCUGCUUGUGCUUCUCGCUGGACUGCGCCGGGCUUCUCACGCUUUUAAUCCGUACCUCGCCUCCGUAAAAAACACGAUUCUCUCGUUCCUUCAGGACAUGGAGUCGCGCUUCAUCGCGUCUGCGAGCAGGGAUCUUCCUCCGUUCAACGAAGGACACGAACCUCGCCCGACUUCUUACGCGGCGGCGUCUUCGAUUGCAGUGGCGCCGAUGCCAGCCCUGCCGCUGUCGCUGCCGCCCGCGGCGGCAGAAACGCACCCGACGCAGGCGGACGUGAGUUCCGAAGUCGAUUUCUCGUCGUUUUUGUCGUUCGUGGGGCCGGAUCUCGUCGCGCGAAUUCGUCUUGUCUUCGGAUGUGAGACCCCGCUCAAACUGGCCAACGCCAAGGCGGAGGAAGCUCUUUCUUUUCCGAGUCUGCUUCGGUGGGCGUCGGCUGACGAAGCAAUGCCAAGAAGCGGAGAUAGAGAAGGGAAACUGCUGACGCACGAAGAAGGUCUCUAUUCUCCGCACAUGCUCUGGGCCUUUGUUGCGGGCCUCGCUCAUCCUGAAGAGAAAGCGGCAGCUGAGCUUCUUUCACGGGCGCGGACUCUUCUUGAGCAAUCUCUCAACUUCUUUCGAAUUCUCCCAGAGUCGUCUGCUUACCUUACGGAGUUGCCUGGCAGUUCUGUCGCCGCGAGUGACGCACACCAUGCCUUGCUCAUAAUCGUGGCGAGCGUCGUCCUGGCAGCGAGCAGCGGGACGUCCCCUCGUUCAGCGCAGAGUACGCUUCGGGGGCGAUCGUCUCCGCCCCUGCGGACGCAGCGCGUGGAUCAGUUAACUGAUGCAGACAUUGCUCAGAUGUUUUCGAAGCUUCUCCUUUACCUGGCGCGUGGCGGAAAGAGGGGGCGAAUGGGUUUGCGGAGUGGAGUGACUCCGUGGAACUUCAUCCCCUUUCGGGACGCAUGGAGCGAUUUCCUUGUUAUGGACGCCUUUGCCAGCUGGGACAAGGCCACGAAGAAUGAUCGCGCCGACAUGGCUGUGUCUGUGCAGCUUGCCACCGCGGGGACGCGGGAUGAACUGACCAACGAGGGGGUCAGGAAACCCUUCUCUCCCACGCUGCCCCUUUUACAGGGACGCUUGAGCACCAGGGAAGGCGAAACGUUGCUCGAGACGAAGCUGGGCUGGACUGAGCUGGAGGAGUCGCAUUUGCUUACGGGAGAGAGCGUAUCUUUCGUGUCCUCUGGAGCGCGGCCCGGCAGUGAGAAGUCAGACCACGACCAAGGCGCGUGCUGUUCGUCCUGGGAAGGAAAAGUCCGUGUCAAUGUCAAGGGCGAAGGUAUGGCGUUGGUUGCCAUAGGCAUGGAUUUCAUUUCUGACCGCGACCGUGUUCUUCCCACGUUCACCGGCGCCCUCGUGCAGAAGGAAUUCUUCGCCUUCGAUUCUGCAAGCCAGAAAUGUGGGACGACGCCCGUUGUCAGCGCCGUGAGAGGACAGAGGAUCUGCGUCUCUAUCAGGGUCACGCUCAAAGACGAGCUCAGGGACGUGAUUGUGCGCGACUUGUUGCCUGCUGGUCUGGAGCUCUCCUCUCGCGACCCAUCAAUGCUGCCUAACGCGCUGGUUGAAAACGCGCCUCUUCCUUUGCUGCAUGCAAAGCGUCUGCAUGCGGCGGACCGGAGUACUAUAGCGGCCCAAGCGGUUCCCUCCUGGUCGUAUUUCCCUUCAUGCACGACUCGGCUCUUGGGCAACGCUGUCGAGUGGAAGUGUCCAUUCAUGAGGCCGGGCACUCACGCCAUGCGAGUCAUCGGAAUUGCGACGACGAGCGGGUUUUUCGCGGUUCCGAUGGCUACGGUUGAAAUAGCAACAACAGGAAAAGGCGUCCAGACGGGAACGGAGGCACUUUCCUGGCGCAGACAGGAAGGGAAUGAGUUCACCUUGCUCGGCGCCAGCGGGGCAGCCAAGACGGCGUUCGCCAUCGUCGACGGAGACAGUGGCAGCGCCGUAACGGGAAAGGACGCUUUCAGAGAGGCAGGGCUCCUACCGCCACCCGCGUGGCUCAUGGGCAGCGCGCCCAAAGGCUGCGGAGUCUGCCCGCCAGAGACUGUCUGUUCGCCCGCUCUUGGAAGGUGCAUUUCUUAA